UUGGCUGAGCCGAAUGUGACUGUGCCGGUGCUCAGGGAGGGUGAGGAGGUGAAUCUGACCUGCACUGCUCCAGCUCCCUGCCCCAGUCACCCUCCAAAUGUAAUCUGGGCUCCUGCAUUAGGUGGUGACGUAACACAGAGGACACAGCUGAACGCUGAUGGGACUCAGACUGUUUCUGCCAUCUUGAAUUUCGUCCCGUCGUUCCACCAUCAUGAGCUGAAAGUGAACUGUGUUUCUAUUCAUCCUCUACACAGAGAGGACAGACCCCUGCUCAGCCACAAGAUGGUCAUCCUCAGUGUGGAGUAUCCUCCUAAGGAAACAUGGAUCUCUCUCACAGGCUUGGUCUGGCUUGGUGAUAAAGUGACCCUCACCUGUCAAAGUAAUGCCAACCCUCCUGCUGUCCACAGGUGGUUCAAGAAGAGAGCAGGUGUAGAGGAAGAACUGGGCAUCUCACAUGUGCUUUCCUUCACUGCGGCCCAUGAGAACACUGGGGAAUACAUUUGUGAGGCACAGAAUCAAUAUGGUGCAAUGAACUCCACAAACCUACAGAUC